AUGGACGCUCAGGUGUUUCUGGUAACUACACAGUUCAUUAAAAAUUUCAUAGAUAAUAUGAAAUCAAAGCUCAUCGCCAAAAAGCAUCUACUAUUGAAAAAGCCCAACACUGCCGACAAACGACUUGACGUGCCUAUAAUGAACUUCUAUAGAGACGCUACUUGGGUGCUGGAAUAUGUUGAAAGUGCAGAAAAAGGUGGUCGGGUUGCAGGUUCUUUACAAACCCUAGUAUUGAACAGUUGUAAAAAAUAUCAGCUGAAAACCAACCCAAAGCACAUAUAUGCAGCAGUCUACUCAUGCUGGCGAUACAAUGAAUUUCUGGACAAACUGUUAAAGCGAUCCGGAAUUCUGAAGGAUAUCCCUAAGAAGAAAGGUAAGGAGGUUUUCAACCCAACAACUAUUAAACUGUUGGUACACGAUCUACUGUUUUCGAAGAACAAAAGAAUACAAAUGGGCAAGCAUCCUUUGAAGGAAUUUGUUUUGAAAUAUAAGGCAAGGCUCAGUAGCGAGCUAGUAAGACUGAAAAUCAAGCUUAAGGUGACUGAUUUGCAGCAACUACUAAAGGACGACAGAAACGAUAUGACGCCUGUGAGAUGGUUCAGAUUAAACCCCAUACGGUGCGGCGCAAAAUCAGAAGACAUACUGCAGGAAUUGUCUAAGAAGUUUCCCACGCGUGUUAACUCGUGGACUAAUAUAGCCCCAGGUUGCAUCUAUCACGACGAAUAUAUACCCGGCCUAUUUGGGGUACAUCCAGCAGACAAAAUAACUUCCCAUGAACUUUACAAGACGGGCAAAGUUAUAAUUCAAGAUCGUGCCUCCUGUUUCCCUGCCCAUAUACUUAAUGCCUCCUCAGAGGAUCUCAUCAUUGAUGCAUGUGCGGCUCCUGGCAACAAAACAACACACGUUGCCGCGCACAUUUUCCAAGAUCAAGCAGUCGAGUCUGUUCGUAUUCAUGCGUUUGAAAAAGACCCUGAGCGUGCGAAGACUUUGCGCACCAUGAUCAACACAGCUGGUUGCACCAAAGGUAUUGAAGUCCAUGUCGGAGAUUUUACACAACUGGCGAAACCUGGUAAAUUCCCAGACGUGACGGGCUUUAUUCUCGACCCUAGUUGUUCUGGAAGUGGCAUAUUUGGUCGUAAGAUGAUUGACGACCGUAAUAAAUCCAAAGCAGAUGGCGCCUCACCUGUCGAAGAAGAGGAAAAAGAAGAAGAACGCGAGGACAUUUCAGAUAAGGAUCUCAAGAAUAGGCUGGAGAAACUAGCUUCAUUCCAGUUUGAAAUAGUAAAGCAUGCAAUGUCCUUUCCUAGUGCCAAAAAGCUCGUUUACAGUACCUGCUCAGUCCAUGCUGAGGAGAAUGAACGUAUUGUCGUUGAUCUUCUGCUUGAUUCCAAAGUUAAGGAAUGGGGCUGGCGCGUAAGAAAGAGAGCUGGGGUGAUUCCCACAUGGUCCAGAAGAGGAUUUUAUAAGGAAUUCGAAGAAGUGUUUCGUGACGAAGACACUGCCAAAGAAUUAGCAGAAGCCUGUAUCAGAGUGGCACCCAAAGAAGACGGUGGGAUUGGGUUCUUCGCAGUUUGCUUCGAACGUGACUAA